GGUUGAGUGUGAGUGUGAAAGAGAGCAAGUGAUGUUGAGAGAGCGCAAAAACAGGAGAGAGAGAGAGAGAGAGAGAGAGAGAGAGAGAGAGAGAGAGAGAGAGAGAGAGGAGAGAGAGAGAGAGAGAGAGGAGAGAGAGAGAGAGAGAGAGAGAGAGAGGAGAGAGAGAGAGAGAGAGAGAGAGAGAGAGAGAGAGAGAGAGAGAGAGAGAGAUAGAGACAUUGAGAGAGAUAUAGAGAGAGAUAGGGAUGAUGUUGAGAGAGCGCAAAAACAGGAGAGAGAGAGAGAGAGAGAGAGAGAGAGAGAGAGAGAGAGAGAGAGAGAGAGAGAGAGAGAGAGAGAGAGAGAGAGAGAGAGAGAGAGAGAGACGAAAGAAAGGGAGGUGAGAAACGGAGGGGGACAGCAAAGGGGGAGGAACGGGGGGACAGCAAAGGGGGAGGAACGGAGGGGGACAGCAAAGGGGGAGGAACGGAGGGGGACAGCAAAGGGGGAGAACGGAGGGGGACAGCAAAGGGGAGGAACGGGGGGACAGCAAAGGGGGAGGAACGGAGGGGGACAGCAAAGGGGAGAAACGGAUGGGGGACAGCAAAGGGGAGAAACGGAUGGGGACAGCAAAGGGGGAGAACGGAGGGGGACAGCAAAGGGGGAGGAACGAGGGGGGACAGCAAAGGGGAGGAACGGAGGGGGACAGCAAAGGGGAGGAACGGAGGGGGGACAGCAAAGGGAGAGGAACGGAGGGGGACAGCAAAGGGGGAGGAACGGGGGACAGCAAAGGGGAGGAACGGAGGGGGACAGCAAAGGGGGAGGAACGGGGGGACAGCAAAGGGGAGGAACGGAGGGGACAGCAAAGGGGGAGAACGGAGGGGGACAGCAAAGGGGAGGAAGAAGGGGGACACAAAGGGGAGGAACGGAGGGGGACAGCAAAGGGGGAGGAACGGAGGGGGACAGCAAAGGGGGAGAACGGAGGGGGACAGCAAAGGGGAGGAACGGAGGGGGACAGCAAAGGGGGAGAACGGAGGGGACAGCAAAGGGGAGGAACGGAGGGGACAGCAAAGGGGAGGAACGGAGGGGGACAGCAAAGGGGGAGAAACGGAGGGGGACAGCAAAGGGGGAGAACGGAGGGGGACAGCAAAGGGGAGAAACGGAGGGGGACAGCAAAGGGGAGAACGGAGGGGGACAGCAAAGGGGAGGAACGGAGGGGGGACAGCAAAGGGAGGAACGGAGGGGGGCACAGGCAAAGAGGGGGAAGAAGGGAGAAACGGAUGGGGGACAGCAAAGGGGAGUAACGGAGGGGGGACAGCAAAGGGGGAGAAACGGAGGGGGGACAGCAAAGGGGAGAAACGGAGGGGGGACAGCAAAGGGAGGAACGGAUGGGGGACAGCAAAGGGCGAGGAACGGAGGGGGACAGCAAAGGGGGAGAAACGGGAUGGGGGACAGCAAAGGGGGAGAAGGAGGGGGACAGCAAAGGGGGAGGAACCGAGGGGGACAGCAAAGGGCGAGGAACGGAGGGGGGACAGCAAAGGGAGGAACGGAGGGGGGACAGCAAAGGGAAGGAACGGAGGAGGGACAGCAAAGGGGGAGGGAACGGAGGGGGGACAGCAAAGGAGGAGGAACGGAGGCAGGACAGCAAAGGGGGGAGGAACGGUGGGGGGACAGCAAAGGGGGAGGAACGGGAGGGGGGACAGCAAAGGGGGAGAAACGGAUGGGGGACAGCCAAAGGGGGAGGAACGGAGGGGGGACAGCAAAGGGGGAGGAACCGAAGGGGGACAGCAAAGGGCGAGGAACGGGAGGGGGGACAGCAAAGGGGAGGAACGGAGGGGGGACAGCAAAGGGGGGAACGGAGGGGGACAGCAAAGGGGGGAAGAACGUAGGGGGGACAGCAAAGGGGGGAGGGAACGGGAGGAGGGGGACAGCAAAGGGGAGGAACGGAGGGGGGACAAAAAGGGGGAGAAACGGAUGGGGGACAGCAAAGGGGGGGAGAAACGGAUGGGGGAGGGGGGACAGCAAAAGGAGGAGGAACGGAGGGGGACAGCAAACGGGGAAGAACGGAGGGGGGACAGCAAAGGGGGAGACGGAGGGGGGACAGCAAAGGGCGAGGAACGGAGGGGGACAGCAAAGGGGGAGGAACGGAGGGGGGACAGCAAAGGGGGAGAAACGGAUGGGGGACAGCAAAGGGGGAGGAACGGAGGGGGGACGGAAAGGGGAGGAACGGGAGGGGGGACAGCGAAGGGGGAGGAACGGUGGGGGGACAGCAAAAGGGGAGGAACAGAGGGGGGACAACAAAGGGGGAGAAACGGAUGGGGGACAGGAAAGGGGGAGAAACGGAUGGGGACAGCAAAGGGGGAGAAACGGAUGGGGGACAGCAAAGGGGGAGAAACGGAGGGGGGACAGCAUAAGGGGAGGAAUGGAGGGGGACAGCAAAGGGGGAGGAACGGAGGGGGGACAGCAAAGGGGGAGGAACGAGGGGGACGGCCAAGGGGGAGGGACGGAGGGGGGACAGCAAAGGGGGAGGAACGGAGGGGGGACGACUAAGGGGGGGGGCGGAGUGGGGAUGAGAAAAGGGGGGAAACGGAGGGAGGACGGCAAAGCGAGGAGGAACGGAGGGGGACGGCAAAGGGCGGGGAACGGAGGGGGGACGACAAAGGGUGAGGAACGGAGGAGGGACGACAAAGGGGGAGGAACGGAGGGGGGACGGCAAAGGGGGAGGAACGGAGGGGGGACGACAAAGGGGGAGGAACGGAGGGGGGACGGCAAAGAGGGAGGAACGGAGGGGGACGACAAAUGGGAGGAACGGAGGGGGACGGCAAAGGGGGAGGUCGGACGGGGGACGACAAAGGGGGAGCGGCGGAGGGGGGACGACGAGGGGGGGGGAACGGAGGGGGACGGCAAGGAGGUGGAACGGAGGGGGGACGACAAACGGGGAGGGAUGGAGGGGGGACGACUGAGGGGGAGGGGCGGAGGGGGGACGACAAAAGGGGGAGGAGCGGAGAGGGGACGACCAAGGGGGGGGGAACGGAGUGGGCACGACAAAGGGGUAGGAAAGGAGGGGGGAGGAACGGAGGGGGGACGACAAAGGGGGAGGAACGGAGGGGGGACAGCAAAGGCGGAGGAACGGAGGGGGACAGCAAAGGGGAGGAACGGAGGGGGACAGCAAAGGGGGAGGAGCGGAGGAGGGACGACAAAGGGGGAGGAACGGAGGGGGGACGGCAAGGGGGAGGGUCGGAGGGGGGACGACAAAGGGGAGCGGCGGAGGGGGGACGACGAGGGGGGGGGAACGGAGGGGGACGGCCAAGGAGGAGGAACGGAGGGGGGACGGCCAAGGGGGAGGAACGGAAGGGGACGACAAACGGGGAGGGAGGGAGGGGGGACGACUGAGGGGGAGGGGCGGAGGGGGACGCCAAAAGGGGGAGGGGCGGAGAGGGGACGACCAAGGGGGGGGGACCGGAGUGGGGACGACAAAGGGGAAGGAAAGGCGGGGGGACGGCCAAGGGAGGGGAACGCAGGGGGGACGACAAAGGGGAGGAACGGAGGGGGGACGACAAAGGGGGAGGGACGGAGGGGGGACGACAAAGGGGGGGGGGAACGGAGGGAGGACGACAAAGGGGAGGGAACGGAAUGGGGACGACAAAGUGGGAGGGGCCGAGGGGGACGAGAAAGGGGGGGAACGGAGGGGGGACGACAAAGGGUAGGAACGGAGGGGGACGGCAAAGGGGGAGGAAAGGAGGGGGACGACGAAUCCUCGCCAGCGCCAGCGCCGCGAUAAUGACGCAGAUCCCGCGACGACCGGCUAGGCAUUGCGAACCGCGCAUAAUUCAUCCCGAGGGACGAAGUGACGUGGGAGCAGGGACGGAGAGACGCGAUAGCAGGGACGGAGAGACGCGACAGAACCUACCAAGUGACGCGAUAGCACAGAGU